AUGGCCGCUUACGCCGACGAAAGAUCCCCGCUGCUCGCGACGACGAAUGACCAGGAAAAUGAGACUGAAGCAGAUGCACGAAAUGAGUCGUCGCCUCUCUUAGGAAAUCGAAGAGACUCUGCUACAGAUGGCGACCACGAACACCACGACAUCUCACCAGAUUCUCCACAUAAAGGCGAGGCGCCGCAUCGGAAACGAAGAUGGCCGUCUCUUAUUGCCAUGGUCAUCUUGGCCUCGUUAGUUAUAGUGGUUAUGGUCCUCGGCUUUGUAGUGCCGCCGGCCGUCCAGCAGUACGUUGAGAGUGCAGUCGUGUUGGAGCCAACAGACCUGUCAAUUGAAUCGUUGACGGCGAAUGGGGUUCGUGCUCGUGUAAAGGCCACGUUCCAACUUGACGGGUCAAGGGUCAAAGAUGAGAAUGCGCGUCGUGUUGGGAGACUUGCCACAGGAAUUAUGAGACAGCUUGGUACUGCCUCGACCAAACUGCGCGUGCAUUUGCCUCACUACGGCAAUGCCCUUGUCGGUACUGCCGACCUGCCGCCCAUCACACUCAACCUUGUAGAUGGCCAAGUCACAAACUUGGAUUUUGUCACCGAAAUUGCCCCCGGCGACACGGACACGAUGCGAAAGGUGGUCAACGAGUGGCUCAAAGGAAACCUCGAGACACUGCAGGUUACGGGAGCCACUGCACUCAGCUUGAAAUCGGGCAUCUUCCCACUGGGAACCCAUGAUGUUUCAGAAUCUAUGGUAUUUGAAGCCAAUGAGCUUCCGUCCAUGCCCGAGUAUACCAUGCAGAGUCUCGUUUUCCAUGACGUUCCCACUGGUGACAAUGGCCAGAUGGGAGUUGGCGCAAACGUAUCCAUGACAGCCUACAACGAAUUUCCGAUCGAUUUAACCAUCCCAUCCCUUGGAUUCGAAGUCCUUGUCCCAAACUGCAACUUGUCUCAGCCCAACAUCAAGAUUGCAACCGCCGCGACCAGUGCCAUUGAUGUGCACGCCAAGUCGAAUGUUACUGUGGAAGCAGAGGGCAUUAUCCGGGAGCUCCCAGAGUCUCUCACCAAGGCAUGCACCCCAAGUGAGUUUUCACCGCUGGACAACUUCAUGAAGCUUUAUCUGCAUGGAGAGGAUGCAGAGGUGUUUGUCCGCGGAAAAGCACCCGAGGGUGGUGACCUCCCGGGAUGGAUUGGCGAGUUCAUUGAAAGCUUCACUGUUCCCGUGCAAUUCCCGGGACGCUCAUUGGAUAACUUCCUACGCAACUUUUCACUUGACGACGUCGACUUUAAAUUGCCCAGUCCAUUUGCCGACCCAAGCGACGCGGACAGCAAACCACGGGUAUCUGGCACGGUGCUGAUCCUUGCUGCCAUACCUACUGACCUGGACAUUAACAUUGAAGUGACCAGCCUUCGUGCCAACGGCGACCUCCUGUACAAGGGCACAAAGUUUGGAGAGCUGCACGUUGAUGAAUGGCAGAAAGCCACUUCCAACAUGAUUCACAGCCCUGGCGACGGAGAGGAUUUACUCAAGGUCGUCUCGAGAAUCGUCGACACUCCCAUCGACAUUACCGACAGCGACACAUUCUCAAACAUUAUACAAGAACUUCUAUUUGGCGACGAAGAUAUCAUCCUCGACGUUAAUUCCACCGUGGAUGUCAAGGUGUCGACAGUCCUUGGCAACCUUGUCAUAAGAAGGGUGCCCGCAGCGGGCAAAGUUCCCGUAAAACACGUGCCUGGGGACACGCUCGCGGCCUUGAACCCGCAGGUCGGGGAGGUGCAUAUCCUCAAUACUUCUAGUACAGGCGUGCAUAUACAAGCAUCAGUCACUGUUACGAACCCUACACCAUACACAGCAUCAAUACCAUAUGUCAACAUUCAUAUUCUUGAAGACAAUUUGUUAAUCGGCGAAGCUAUUACGAAGAACUUGCAUUUUAAACCUGGUGUGAAUACAAACAUUAUAGUGGAGGCAACAUGGGAUCCUCCCUCGUUUGGCGGAAAGAAAGCCCACAAAGCAGCUCGUCGUCUGCUAUCGGAGUACCUGUCGGGAGAGAAUACAACGAUUACGCUGCGGACACACAACGGCACAAUUCCGACGGUGCCAAUCAUUGGCGAAGCACUGUCCACGAUCAACUUGACGUUAUCAACACCCCGGCUAGAACUGCCGGGUGAUGAGGACACGGAAGGCCAAGGCUUUAUUCGGGACGCCACGUUUCACAUUCUUUCAUCCACUGCAACAUUUAUGCUUGCCUCACCACUGCGCUACGACACAGUUUCUAUAGAGUACAUCAACGCUACAGCUUUUUACAAUCACACUGAGCCGAUUGGCCAAAUUAUACGCGACGAACCAUUCGACGUUUCGCCGGGUGUCUCGCAAACUCCACGACUGCCAGUUGAAUGGUCGGCGGACCAUAUGGGCCUUGAUAAGCUUAAGAAAGCCCUAGGUGGGAAGUUGAAGUUGGAUGCGGUGGCGGACGUUACGGUCAGGGUGGGAUAUUGGUUCGAGACGGUUCAUUAUGUAGGCAAGGCAAUUGGUGCGAGGGUUUCUUUGUGA